AUGCACAGCCCCAGGGAUUGGCUUCAGAACCUGACUCUCGAUCUCAUCCUCGUACUGCAAGUUCUGCGGACCUCUCGCGUCCUCCCUUCCCAUGGCGGAGGCAAGAAUCUCUUCAGCGACCUAUCGAAAUUCAACGAUGAAGUUAACUCUGAUAAUUUUGACUUCGACUUAUCCGCCAUCUCGUCAAUGCCGUCCUUGCCGACAAAGCGGACAGCGAGAUCUGGAACCAGGACGUCCUUCGCGGAUUCAUCGGAACACCGCAAGUAUGUGGAUGAUGUGCUGAAGGAGGAGCUCGGCGCUAUGCAUGUCGGGCUCCGCAAAUUCGACGGGUCAUAUUUCGGAGGUGUGGCCGAUCUCGAGACAGUGUCCGUUGCGUUCUUCAAGCAGUGCAUCAAAGGCAGCACUCCGCUCUUUGAUGAUGGAUGGACGGGAUGGCCAAAAGACGCGAACCAGGUUGAUGUGCUGGACUGGUUUGCGAGGUUCAGCGACAGUCUGUCAACUUUUCCGGAAGUCUACAAGUCGAGUCCCGUACGCCAGCGGAGACCAUUAACGAGACCUAAUGAACCGAUCGUCGGCUCUAUCGCGAAACGCAAGAUGGAUGUCGGAGUCGUGAACGACUCGAAAGCCAAGAAAAACUCCAGAUGGCCUC